AUGUCUUCAUUACAGGGUGGAGAAAUUUAUCUUGUCGAUCGACCUAACGAAAGAAGCCGGAGAAACGACGAAACACAUAUUGUGUUGAAACGAUUAAUUUUUCAAAUAUUGAAACGAGCAUGUGAGACACCCACUGACAUUCAACGUUCUAAUUGGGCUCUUCCUUACGAAACAACCUGUAUCAAUCAGGAAAUCUUCCCGGAAGAACUCUACUUAAAUAUUAGAACGUUUUUUCUGAACUAUCUGGGUAUUGAGGAAGACGCCCUUGACAACAACUCUUGGUGUGAUGGAUUUUCUUCACUUCGAUGCCUCGCAUCGUGGGAGUCUCUGCCUAUGAAGAAAAAGCGUUACAAAUCACUUUCUCUUGCAAGUGCCGCAUUCAUGUCAACUCGUGGUUUUCAUUCUUGCCUCCGGGAGGCUUUAAAAGAAAUAAAACGAGCGUCAUACGAACCGCCAUCAGCAGGAGUUGGUUUUGGUAAAUGGACAUAUCGGAACAGGAAUUUCAAGCGCCGCUCUCAACAGCAACUACAGUAA